GAGCGUACGUGAUCAGAAGCGACCAGGAGAUCGAGCCCAAUAAAUGGUCGGACGUGGUGGCAAUCAGAUCGGCGCAGGAUGGCCGGAUUAUGAUUGAUGGCCAUCCCACUACUCCCACCCGAUUCUCCAACUUUUUCAAGACCUUGACGCUGCUGACGCCUCUGUAUGUGGGCGGCUACGACGAAUUCACGGUGAAGUUGAAUGAUGGCGUCAAAGUGGAGGGCGGCUUCAACGGAUGCAUUAUGGACAUCAACAUUUCCGGGCUGGACGAUGCGAUGAUGAGGAACAUCACGGAUUCGUCCAAUGUGGAGGACUGCGCCAAUGAGGAGGACAUCGAGAACGGCAUCCCAGUGGGCUACCACGAGACCUCCAUCAAACCAGUGGCGUACGACAGCAAAAAAACCGGCUGCUCCGACAACCCGUGCAGGAAUAACGCACCUUGCAUCCCCCUCUCGCCUGUGAACUACCAAUGCACUUGCCCUGCAGCCUUCAGUGGCAAAAACUGCGAAGUCCCGGUGGAUCUUUGCCUAAGGCAACCCUGCCAGAACAACGGAAUCUGCAGCUUCAACACCACCGGGUUCAGCUGCGACUGUCCUUUGGGCUUCGCCGGCGCCGCCUGCCAGCAGAGAAUCGAGCUCAGAACAGACGCCCAGUUCAACGGCAACUCCUGGCUGGAGUUCAGCAAGGCGUUGCUGCCUCAUCGCAAUGAGAACGAAGCGGAAAUCAUCGCUCUGGAGUUUUCCACCAACAAAUCCGAAGGCUUGAUCUUCUGGCAUGGACAAGGGCCAGAUGAGGAUGGCCAAGGCCAGGACUACGUCUCUUUGGCCUUGUCCAAUGGGUUCCUGGAGUUCAGCUACGACCUGGGAAGUGGACCUGCAAUCAUUCGCAACACGCAAGUGAAGGUGGAUGAUGGCCAAAAGCACAGCGUCAUCCUGAAGCGCCAGGCUCGCGACGGAUCAGUCGAUAUCGACUACGAGUUUUCUGCAGAGGGCCAUUCGGAGGGCCGCGUGACCAGCCUGAACUGCAACGGCAACAUUUUCCUCGGCGGGGCGCCCAACAUCAGCCAGAUGACCGGCGGAAAGUUCUCCGCAGGAUUCCAGGGCUGCAUCCACGGCUUCGAGCUGCAACAGUCCAAAACUCUGGAUCUGGGCGUAAAAGCCAUCAAUGGUCUGAACGUGAAGUCCUGUUCCAGCGAUGGAAGCUGGGGCGACAGCUAUGUAGAGGCGCAGUAGUUUUUAUCGCAAUUGCGGGUGAGCAAAUUGGAGAAUUUGCAUGGGGGGAACCAAUUCGCAAGGCUUCAUCAGUCGCAUCAACAUUUUCAGUCGGUUCCAUCGGUUGCAUGUCCCUAACAGUCGUUUUUCUUUCAUUUCACGCUGCUAAUAGAUUGCGCUGGAUUCCAUCAUCGCUGAUUUUCUCCGAUUUGGAUGAGUUCGAUGAGUUCGUGGAGCCGCCCCCUGUUAACAUUAUUCACCCGAAGCCAUCCAGCAUUGCUCAAACGGCUCUCCAUCACAUCAGUCGCCCGUUGUGGUCGUUCUCCAUUCUCCUCUCCAUAGCGCUAACAGUGUCGCGAUCUCGUUGUUGACCAAUUCAUUCAGGUCUAGCCUGAACUGCAAUAAAUCGUUUAGAUCUAGAAUAAUCUCGCAUGGGGGACACGAGAGGGUCGUUUAGCUGCAAGAGGUCUUCAAAGGGAGGACGUGCGGCCUGAGGAUGGACGGAUUUUUGCAUUGAUCCACGUGUUUUUGGUUUUAAGCGUUAAAAGAUUAAAGGACAGUGAGGAUUCGACCUCAAUUCGGUGUGGGUGGAAGCUGGUAAAAUUCCCUCGAAAUUUGGCUUCAAAUCAAAAAUCGUUCAAAAGCUGGUCUUUAGACACAAUGUGAAUACGAGCAUUUUUAGGAAUUUUGCGUUCCACUAACCAGUGGCGUGGUUAAAAUUGCUGCGGGGGUUUUGUUGCGAAAAUUACUUGUAGAUAGAUUAUGACCAGCCCGACAUUUAACCAAGCAAUUUUUUUUUUCAUUGAAAGCGUCGGUUGAGAGUACAAAAGUCGUUGUGAAGAUCAAGCUAAAUCCUCGAUAGAUUUUUUGAUCCAAAAAUAAGUCGUUUUUUCCAAAUUGCUUUCAGCACGUUCCAUAAGGAAAACCUUGUGUGCAGGCUGUUCUGAGGCCUGAAACUGCAAAGCUUUAUGAAAGCUCCAAGGUUGGUUUGCACUCUGCAAGCUCAUUUUGGAUGGUUUUUCAUAUCAAAUGUCAGUUUCAAACACUGGGGGUGAAAAACUUCAUUUGAGUCGAAAGUGAGGAAAUUUGGUGCGAAACCCUAAAACCUGCGGUAGCUCCCUAACGACUCAAUUUAGCAGGAAAGUGAAUAGAACGUUUUUUAUGAUCACUGAGCUGUUCUAAGCAGUGGCGUGCUGAGAUUUGCAUUUGCUAUCAAUCGUUCUGGGCUUUGUAAGAACA